AUGCAUGUCGGAGAACAAAAUAGAUCCAGCAAUUUCAAAGCCAAAACAGAUAAGCAGGAGGUUACGAAUAAACCUCACAUCGAACCCAAUUCUAAUGCUGGAUCUAAGCAACCAAAAACAAUUAAGAAUGUAAUGGUGGCACCAAAACAUGAUAAAGUUAGAGAGACAAGCCAUCCAGUGGAUGGAAAUGGGAGGUCACAUACUUCUAAACAUCAACAGUUACCAAUGGUAGAAUCUACACCCAAAACAAAACCUCGACAUAAGGUAACAUUGUCAUCUGGUCCUAUCAAACAAGUAGCAGCAGAAGGUGGAGUUUCUAGAAGAUCAAAACAAAAAACUCCUCCAAGUCUUCUUAAACCACCCUCAUGUCUGGGAAGUAUAAGGCUGGCUGAAAAUGAUAUCCCAAAUGCAGCAAAUGAUACAGGAAGGUUAGAUCCAAAUAAAAUAGCUCAAGAGUAUAAGAUGAGCCAUCAUCAGCUGACUAAUAGUCAUCUGGCACAUGCUUCUAGAGAGCCUUUGAAGGCUAUUGAAAGAAACACCAAAGGAAUGCAAACAGACAUCUACAAUUCUGUCUCGUCACCAGUCUCUAUUCAAGGAUUCAAACUUUCUGACUUUGCAACCACUUUUAUUGAUAUGAGUGAGCCAACACUUCCUGAGCAUGAGAGUUUUAAUCUCACUGAAAAAAUGGACUCACGUCCAGAUAGCAGUGGACCUGCUAAAAAUCUGUCUGGUGAAACCUCUCCCUUUACAUCAAAUUUUCAAAAUUCCAUUACUAGAAAUAGAGAUGUAGUAAGUGUGCCAAAUAAUAAGCCUCAUAAUGUUCACGAGCCGAAACUUAGAGGCAUAUUGACUCGUGAUGACAAAUUCACGGUGAGGGAAGGAAUGUCAUCAGUGGCUGAAACUGCUCCUCUGGUUAUAUCUAACAAAAUUUCAAGCCAAAAUGUUUUACAAGAUAAAGAAAUGUUUUUACAGAAUCUAGCAACUGAAAGGCCAACUUCUGGCCAUCUUCCCCCGCCUUUUGAUGAUGUCAUCCAUGUUAUACGCCAUAGCAGUUACCGUAUGGGAAGUGAGCAUCCAGUAAAGGAAUCAAUGGAGAUGGGAGAUACAAAUGUAGAUGUUGCUACCACUGAUAAUUCCGGAAUCAGAAACUUGAGCUUGAAGUCAAGUAUUUCUGACCAUCCUGGUGUUGAAAAGAAACAUGCAAGAGACUCUGAUUCUCUCGUUUUGAAACCUAAUUCGCUAAAUAUACCAAAAUAUAGCCCUCCAACAGCCGAAGAGAAAAUGCCAGAAAAAGAAUCUUUGUAA